AUGUGGUCUGGAGUUGAUGAAGCCGACUAUGAUAUGAACAUUAGCCUUCACAAAUAUGGCAUCGACUCAAUGGCAGCCACUAAUAUGAAAAUCCGAAUUCAAAAUCACAUUGGAGCUAUCUUCGAGUCCUAUUAUUUCGUUCAACCCAAAACAAGUGGUUUAACAAUUAUCAAUGACAUUAUGGCGCAAAUCGAUGUGUUGAUAGCAAUGAAAAGACAAACAGAAAACAAAGAUCACUCGGAUAGAGCAGUCAAUGAUAUCGAGAAUAGUGUAGAAAUUGCUGAAGUCGAAAUCUCGCAAAUUAGCAAAGAGAAAGUGAUUGCACUUUACUCUCCAGAUGAAGUUGUUGUAAACGUAUUUAUGAUUCAUGGUAGUCAUAAAUCUGCUUUAUCAUUGGCUUCAUUUGCUCUUGGCUUUGAAGAUCAGUCUUACGUUUCACUUUAUGGUAUUGGAAUGGAUGAAAAUUUAUUUGAGACAUCAGACUAUGGCAAUGUAAAAGAUUUAGCAAAAUCUUACAUUAGAUUAAUAAAAAGUAUUCAACGCCUGGGACCGUACUAUUUGGCGGGAUACUCAUUUGGUGGAACGGUUGCUUACGAAAUGGCAAGUCAGUUGAAAAGAAACAAUGAGACCGUUUUAAUGCUUUUGAUGGUCGAUACGUACGCCUGGUUUCCUAAUUCUCUACUGUACGCAAAAGAUUUCUUUUAUAAUCAAGCCGAAGGCAACUUAAAAAAUGCAAUGGAAAUUGUGGUUCGACAAUUGAUUGAGGGUUUUGCUUAUACGUCUCUGGGUGUAACAAAAAAUCAAGUUCAUGAUCUUUACGAGAGCUUCGAAGAUUACCAUGCCAUCAUUGGUGCAUUAGAAGAUAUGGCUGCUGAACGAAAUGUAGAGUUUUUCCUAAGAAAAAAUGUCGACACUGUUCUUUAUGAACUGAGAUCAGCUAAAGAUGCUCAUCUUGAAUGGCAACCCGCGAAGGUUUGGUGGAAAGUGUCCUCAUGCAUUAACCUUAAAUGUCAUAGUAUUAUAAGUUAA